UGAGUGGCGUUGCCAAACAUGCAGCCAAGUCCCAACGGUGCUGUGAAAUAUGGUAUUGGCCAACACUAAAAAAGCUGAGGGCGGUCGCUGACGCACACACGCUACAUUCUGUUAAGAACGUGUACUGUUUAGAUUGUAGAAAAAUGCGCGUCGAAGCUUUGGAAACGUUCUGGACCGAUAAAUCAACAUACGACAAUGCCGAACGGCUGUUCUACGAAGUCAAUACGAGGAGGUCAAUAAACCUUGCAGUAAAAGUCAAGCCCAAGAAACACAAGGCAAUGGCUGAAGCUCAACAGAAUCAACAACCCUCACCAAUACCCAAGCAGUCGCAGCAACAAACCGAUUUUUUAUAUCUUAACCCACUAACUCUAGAAGCAAGUUUUUUUUUGGAAACAUUGGAUCAAGUUAGUUCCCAUUCGAAUAUUCAACUGGAUCCGCAUUUGGCAAAAUUGCUUGAAAAGAUUGUAGUUGGCAUUGAAAUCUAUCUGGAGAAAAAACCGACGUAUGUAACGAACACAGAACACGUCCAAUGCGUGCCACCGAAGGAGUUUUUAAAAGUCAAACGGCAAUUUACAUGCGCACCGUGUAACAGAAUUUUAGGAAACACAAUAAACAAGGCCGUGGUUCAUCUGGCAGAGCAGCAUCCUAAUCCUAAUGGCAACGCGCCUAAAGAAGAAAAGAAGUGUGUUAAAGUUGAUGCGCGUUCAAAGCAGCUAGCUCUCAUGGUCUUGCCUAAAAAAGCUAAAGCUCUAAUUUUCAAUGAUAUGGCGAAUAUUUUUCAACAAAACCAUCCAGUUGCUGAUAAGCUUAAAGUAAUGCCCGAAUAUGAAACCAUUGAGGGGGAUCUUACUAAAUUAAUAGCACCCUCGUUUCCGAAACAAACUGUCCGUGUUUAUAAAUUUGGUUCGCGUCUAACAGGAAUUGGAACACGCUCUUCGGAUCUAGACAUAUUUGUGGACAUUGGCAAUACCUUUCACAAAUUUGAGCAUCGAGCUUCAAAAGAAACGCUGGCGAAACUGGUGGUUGUUCGGAAGGCUUUAAUCGGCAGCAAAGAUUGGCGCAUUAUCAAUGUAAUUGAGAAUGCACGAGUGCCCAUUAUAAAGACUUGUCACCUUACCUCAGGCAUCGAAUGUGAUAUAGGGUUCUCAAAUAGCUUAGGAUUUUGCAACACAAAUUUGAUCAAGUAUUUAUUUGAGACGCAGCCAGUGGCUCAAUAUAUGUGCAUCUAUAUUAAGAAGUGGCUGGAACGCACCAAGAUGACUGAUCAAAUAUCAACGUAUAGUAUGACACUUAUGGUUAUCUAUUUUUUGCAACUAAAGCGUCUUCUGCCAUCAAUUGAGCUCUUGCAAGCUGAUAUUAUAUCAAAGCAAUUGGUUGGACCUUGGAUUGCCAAUUUCGUACAGAAAUCACUCAAAGAUCUGGGCAUUGAGUAUGUUGAAGUAAGCAUACAAGUGGUGAAGGAAUACAUUAAGUCAUUCUUUGAGUACUUCGCCGCCUUCAAUUAUGAGAAAAACAUUGUAUGUCCAUAUUUUGGAUUAGGUUGCAUGGAUAUUAAGCAAAUGGAGAAAGCAUUGCCUAAACGGUACACAGAAUAUGCGGCCUCUAAUCCGGACUGUGCGCUGCAAUUGCGCAAACCAAUGGUUGUGCAGGAUCCCAUACAACUGAAUCAUAAUGUAACUAAGGCGGUCACUAAAACUCUCCUGCAACAAUUUGCAGAGUAUAGUCGACAAACAGCAGCACUGAUUGGAGAUCACACCAAUUGGCGUCAGCGUUGAUGAUCAAUUCUGGGAGGAACAACUCCAUGCGAAUUGUAGCUUGUGAACAAUAAAAACUACGUGCAUGAAUGAAAAGUAACA